AUGCUUCCGUUUGUCACAUUGGCGGCGGCCACGCCGUUGAUGAUAUUCCAGGGCAACUCUAUCCUCAUCACACCGCCCAAAGAGUCACACUAUCCAGGCAAUGCGACAUUUUCAGCAUCCAACUUUUACUGCUUUGCCAUGCCGUCAGGCUAUCUGAGCUUCGGGUGGUGGCUCCCAGCCGAUCCUUCAUCUGGUCAUGACCAAUGCCGCCCCAACUCGACCACAUUCGACUGGUACGAAUACAGCACAAAGGGGGAAUGCACUUCCACUGAGUGUCGUGUACACGCUGUCAACUUUGCCAACUCGGACAAGGCCAAAAGACCCGCCAUGGACUUUGACUACGUCGCCUCACUCAUCAAUGUUGGUCGCGGCGACCUGGGCAACCUGGCUGUCAGCUACUUUGACGAAGAAAACGGGGCCUACGCUGUUGGAACGCGAAGGCUGCUGACAGGGGCGACGCAAGGAUCGCGGGAGAAUCACGAUUGCCACGCAGCUUACCGCACCGUGGCUGAACUGCAUCGGCGACACCAUGUACCGCUUGCAUUCGAGCUGGUCAACCCCUGUACUGUAGAAUCUGGCCAGGACAGCCAGCAGAGCCUAUUGGAAGAGCUUUGA